GAACAGGAGGGAGCAAGAGCUGAUAGACCGAAUGUUGAGAGCUGUUGUAAAUGAACCAGAAGAGCCAACACAACCAUUUGUGAAGCGAGGAGCCAGCUUGGAUGGAGUUUUCAUUCCAAGCAUGAGCGGAGACGCUCCCUCCGAGUUUGGGAACAUGUCAGAACUUUUUAAUCAAAGAGCACGUGCCAAAGUGUCUGAAUGGCUGAAGACCAGAGCUGGAAACUCUGAUGUCACCUCGGGGAUUGGCAGCAUGAGCGCCUCAGCCAGUCAUGUGGAUGAAAGUCCUCUGCCUGAUGAAAAUGAUUAACCAGCAAUUCCCACAACGGACAAGAUAGUUAUUCAUUAGAAGAAAAACUCUAUAAAAACUCAAAUGCAGGAACUUGCUAAGCAAACUAAAAAAAACUGGAUUGAAACAGAGGUACUAAGAUCCUGAUUUUUUAAAAAUAGGUUAGUUUUUUUUAUGUAAUAAGCUAUGCAACCUUCAGUUGGUUUUAAUAUAGUUAGCAGAUUCUUGUUGUCAAAACGGCUGAUGCCACCCUAGCCCAAACCUUAUAUUUGCUCCUGGUUCUACAUUAAAUGGUUCAGCGUUAAGAAUUCAAUAAAGAUUUUAUGUUUGACUGUUUUCUGUAUUUUGCUUGUGAUAAAAAACAACAACUUUGAAAUGUAGACUGUAAUAAUUUUGCAACCCAGUACUUUCACUCUAAGAAAAGAAAUUACAGCAAAAUGCUGCAGUGUAAAAAACUUAGUUCCAUCUGUUAAUGCCCUAAUUUAAUUUCCAUACAUUUUACUGCAUAAAAUUAUGUUUAAAUAAUCAUUAGAAUUACACAUUUUGAUAAACAUAUUUUAAAGAUGCAACUAAUACAAUGCAUUUUUUUUUUAAAAAACUACAAAUUUACGGUGUCAUUGAUAUGUUAGAAAUCGACAAGCCAUCAAAGAAAUCUUCCGUGUUCCACAGCUCCACUCACAGUUACUUGAAUACAUGACAAAAUAUUUGUCCCAGUGUUGAUUCAAAGUUCAUAAGACACAUAUAGUCCAAGUCUCUCCGAUACUAGAAACUUGGAGUACAAGUACAGCUGAUAUUAGAUCACAUUUCAUAGAAGUGCACCAUAAGAAUCACAGCUGAUUUGAAAAAAUCUGAAAUGGUUGCUGAGUUUAUUACGAUAAUUGCAUUUCAAAUGUUUCAUGAUUUGGCUCAAACUUUACUCAGAAAACAGUUUGAAAGGUCGACUGCAGUUUUAUAUUUUUAAGCAAGAGUCAUCUUACUGGGAAGAUGUAAGUAACUUGGGACGGAGGUGGAAAAUACCUAAACCAUGUUUACUGUAGUGCUGGACCAAAGUAGUUCAUUUCUGCUAUAUUGCACCUGUAUCCCACCACAAUUAAAGUUCGGUUACUUUUCCUUUUUAUAUUUUUUGUUCAUAAUACAAAAUCUAUUUAAAAAACAUAAGUUAUUGGGCUUUGGAUAGGCUGUUAAAUCGCUCAAGCACAACUAUUUUUUUUUUAAAUAAAAAGUCUCUUUUACAUCCUGCAUAUGAGCUUUGAUCAUGUUUUCUAUGAUAAUAAAUCAGCUACCACCAAAACAACAAUAAAAUUGCGAAUGAUCCUCGCCGGCCCCCGUCGUGUCUCCAACCGGCGCUAUCCUUCCCGUCACUUUCUUGACUUCCCAUCCCAGUCCUGCGUAGCUCUGAUCCCGGCUUUCUGCUUCUCUCUCCUCUUCGGUCUUUUCUGGAUACCAUGUCGGAGUACAACGCGGUACCUCCGCCCGUCCCCGGGGCUCCUCUGCCCGGACAGGCGGCUGUGGGGAACGGAGCGGGGGGCGCCAAGAAGGAUGCGUUUGCGGACGCGGUGCAGCGGGCCCGGCAGAUCGCAGCUAAGAUCGGGGGCGACGCUGGUCCUCCUGUGAACAACAGCACUGCUCCAGAUAGUUUUCCCUUCACUGCGCAGAAACGACAGCUAGAGGACACAAAUACUGAUGAGCCAGAGACUAAGAAGCUGGCUGCUCAGAGUGACUUGGAGUCAGCCAAAGCGCUGUCUAUUGGUGCACAGCUAGCUGCUCUUGCACAGCAAAGACCCACUUCCACCACAGAGGAGUACAGUGUUCCUGACAGUAUGGUGGGACUCAUUAUUGGCCGUGGAGGUGAACAGAUCAAUAAGAUUCAGCAAGAGUCGGGUUGCAAGGUUCAGAUAGCUCCAGACAGUGGAGGUCUUCCAGAGAGAAACGUCUCCCUCACAGGGACACAAGACUCCAUACAGAAAGCCAAGAGGCUGCUAAAUGAGAUAGUCUCCCGAGGAAGAGGUACUCCCCCUCUUUCUUCUUAUCAUGACUCCAGCAACGGGCAGAACGGCGCAGUUCAUGAGAUGAUGAUCCCAGCCGGCAAGGCCGGCCUAGUCAUCGGCAAGGGAGGAGAGACCAUCAAACAGCUACAGGAGCGUGCAGGGGUCAAGAUGAUCCUAAUCCAGGAUGCUUCUCAGGGACCCAACGUUGACAAGCCUCUGCGCAUUAUUGGAGACCCAUACAAAGUCCAGCAAGCCCAGGAGAUGGUGCAGGAGAUUCUGAGGGACAGAGACCAAGGCGGCUACAGCGAAAGAAGCGAAUUCAGCUCCCGAAUGGGAGGCGGCAUGGAUAUCCCAGUACCACGACACUCGGUGGGUGUGGUCAUUGGACGCAAUGGAGAGAUGAUCAAGAAAAUUCAGAAUGAUGCCGGAGUCAGGAUACAGUUCAAACAAGAUGACGGGACCGGUCCAGAUAAGAUCGCACACAUCAGCGGUCCGCCUGAACGCUGCGAGCACGCGGCUCAGAUCAUCAACGACCUGCUGCAGAGCAUCCGGGUCAGAGAGGAGGGACAGGGGGGUCCCCCAGGUCCUCCAGGAAUGCCUUCAGGCAAUAGGGGGCGAGGUGGGGGACAAGGCGGUUGGGGUCCCCCCGGAGGGGAAAUGACCUUCUCUAUUCCCGCCCAAAAGUGUGGGCUUGUGAUUGGCAGAGGAGGAGAGAACGUCAAGUCCAUCAACCAGCAGACGGGGGCAUUCGUGGAAAUCUCUCGACAGCCACCCCCCAACGGAGACCCCAACUUUAAGCUUUUUAUCAUUCGUGGGUCCCCGCAGCAGAUCGACCACGCCAAGCAGCUCAUUGAGGAGAAGAUCGAGGGUCCACUGUGUCCUGUGGGCCCGGGGACAGCUGGGCCAGGUCCUGCUGGGCCAAUGGUUCCUUACAGCCCAAACCCCUACAACCCCGGACCGCCUGGGGCUCCUGGACCUCCACAUGGUGGUCCUCCAGGUCCUCCCCAGUACAGCUCACAGGGCUGGAGCAACACCUACCAGCAGUGGCAGCCUCAACCACCACAUGACCCCAGCAAGGCAGCAGCCAAUGACCCCAAUGCAGCCUGGGCGGCCUACUACGCUCAGUACUACCAGCAGCCAUCGGGGGCUGCGCCAGCCCCGUACCCCGCAAACCAGGCUGGAGGUGCCCAAGCUGCAGGUGACCAGACCCAGGCUGCACAGACACCGGGGGGCCAGCCGGACUACACCAAGGCCUGGGAGGAGUACUACAAGAAGAUGGCCCAGGCAGGCGGCUCUAUACCCGGUACAGCAGCUGCAGCUCCAGGAGCAGCAGCAGGAGGAGGAGGAGGAGGUUCAGCAUCCACAACAGGAGGCCAGCAGGACUACAGCGCAGCUUGGGCGGAGUACUACAGGCAGCAGGCUGCGUACUACGGACAAACAGGACAGCAGCCCUCCGGCCAGCCGGCCAAUCCCCAGCAGGGACAGAUGCAGUGAGAGUUCGUGGCAGAAGACGGGAUAAAGAAGAGGGCUCUGAAGUCUUAGGCCAGGAUCGAUCCCUUUAUUCAUAUAUAUUGUAUCCGUUGCAACUAGAAGUGAAACGCUUCCCCACAUGUGAACAUCAUCUGGAUCCUUUUUUUGAUAAUAAUGUGAACUGAACCCGAUGCUCCUGUGCUUCGCUGCUGACGGGAGGGAAAAGACUGAUUAAAUGCGAUCAUUUCACAGAGCUACUCAGAGCUGCCUGAGCGUAGAUUUAAAUACUCACGGGAGCCCCGGAGCAGUUAUUUCAUUAACAGAGUUUUCAGCACAUCUCAGUCAUCCCGUAGCCCCAUUUUAAAGUACUCACCUUCAUAUCCCAGUGUUGUAUUAACUGA